CUCUCUAGCCGACGAAGACGACUCGGCGCGCCGAUUGCCAACGGUCACAUCAGACAGGAUACAAUCACCCGCGUCGCACCUUCCUUCCAGCGGCCGUCCCAGCCACUUCUCUUUAACCAGUGUCCACCCAAGUCAUUUCGCUGGAUCCAUCCAGCAAGCGAUCCGCUUAAUUGCAGGGGGCUUGGACACCUCGCAAUCUCUCAUACUUUUCCCAUCUUUCCGCGAGAAUAAAGAGACCGGAACUGACCAAUUUUGCUGUCGACAUAACGCUUCGAUUACUCGUGUUUCCUCCCACGUCCUGCCGUCUCGAGAUCUAAGUCAACUUCAUAUAUCGUCCCGCACCAGAAUCGCAUCAUCCGUGCCUGGCCACGGCUCGAGCACUAUCUGACACGCCGAUCGCUCGUCAUGCCAACAUAUCUAAUACAUGGAUUUCGCUGGCCGCGGCCAUUGAUUCGCAUCCACAUCAUUCUUCAAAACCUUGACGAUGCCGCUGCCGAAUGGCUUAUUGCGCCCGCGACUACUGAGACUCUGCUCGACAACUUUACCGAGUUGUGGCCGCAGACCAUCAAGAACCUGCCAAAUCUGCGCUUCGUAGAGCAGUUCGACCCCACCGACGAAUCCCCGGCCGCUUGCUCGCAACCGUACGCCUACAUUGCGGACAUAUGUGAAGAGGUUAAGCUGGGCAUUGAAGUGGACGAAGUCAGAGGAAAGGGUCUAGGCGACGAUCAAUGGGGUGCCUUGAUGGAGCUGAGAGACAAACUUGCGCCCGACGAGAAGGUUGGCUGGUUUGUGGUCGUGUGUGGUGACGAGGAUCGGUCGGACACAGGCCCAGUCGAGGAAGAGGAGGAAGAGCAAGCUUAUGCGACAAACACAACUGCACCGGUCGAGCUACCGCUAAGGGGACCGGCACACACACAACCGGUGCCCCUGAAAGAAGGCGGCCACGUUCCAGCAACACCUGAGACCAGCUACACCAACUAUAGUGAUACGACCAGUUCAAGGCGUAGCAGACAUAGCAGGAACAGUAGUGAGCGCACCCCUACUGUCACAACCGCACCGACCGCCAGUCCCAGUUUGGAAUCUCCACGUGAAAAGAAGAGCUUGCGCAAGAUGUUCAGUAUGGUCAGACAGAAAAGCAUGACAAGUUUGCGCAGCAAAAAGAGCUCUAAAAGCAUCCGAGAGACAGCAGCGAGAAAUGAUUCAGGAUCAGCACCACCUGUGCCACCAGUACCACAUACGGCCCAGUCACCAGCAAUGUCAUGACGCCUGUACGAAUUACAUGCGACAUGUGCAACGUUUUACUUG